AUGAUGAGCUACAGCCUGGAGGCGCUGCUGGGCGCCGGCCCCGGGCUCUUCCGCAAGGAGCUGCCCGGGCGCCACGCGCCGCGCUCGGCCGGCUCCAGCGGCUUCCACUCGCGCAGCUCCGGCUCCGCCGGCUCCCGGCGCGGCUACGGGCUCGGCAGCGAGAGCGGCGAGGCGCUGAACGGCGCGGAGCUGCGCGGCCGCAACGAGAAGGAGCUGCUGCAGGGGCUGAACGACCGCUUCGCCGGCUACAUCGAGAAGGUGCGGCAGCUGGAGCUGCACAACCGCGCGCUGGAGGCCGAGACGGCGGCGCUGCGGCAGCAGCAGGCGGGGCGCUCGGCCAUGGGCGAGCUGUACGAGCGGGAGAUCCGCGACAUGCGCGGCGCAGUGCUGCGCCUGGGCGCGGAGCGCGGGCAGCUGGCGCUGGAGCACGAGCGCCUGGGCGACGACGUGCAGCAGCUGCGGCAGCGCCUGGAGGACGAGGCGCGGCAGCGGGACGAGGCGGAGGCGGCGGCGCGGGCGCUGGCCCGCUUCGUGGACGAGUCGAGCCUGGCGCGGGCCGAGCUGGAGAAGAAGGCGGCGGCGCUGCGGGACGAGGCGCGCUACCUGCGCCACGCGCACGACGAGGAGGUGGCCGAGCUGCUGCAGCGCAUCCAGGCCGGGCCCGGCCUCGCCGCCCUCGACAUGCGCGACGCGCUCAAGCCCGACGUGACGGCCGCGCUGCGGGAGAUCCGCGCCCAGCUCGAGGGCCACGCGGCGCAGAGCACGCUGCAGUCCGAGGAGUGGUUCCGAGGGAAGCUGGAUAAGCUGUCUGAAGUUGCCAAGCUGAACACAGAUGCCAUCCGCUCUGCCCAGGAAGAGAUUUCUGAAUACCGCCGGCAGCUCCAGACCAAGAUGACAGAACUUGAAGCCCUCAAGGGAACCAAGGAAUCUCUAGAGAGACAAAGACAAGACACAGAAGAGCGCCAUCAUAUUGAUGUUACAUCCUACCAGGAAACCAUACAGCAGCUGGACAAUGAACUGAGGAAUACCAAGUGGGAGAUGGCAGCUCAGCUUCGAGAGUACCAGGACCUGCUGAAUGUCAAAAUGGCCCUGGAUAUAGAAAUUUCUGCUUACAGAAAGCUCCUGGAAGGAGAAGAAUACCGCAUCGGAGUUGGGCCAUUCCCCUUCCCUGAGAUGCUUCCUAAGACUCCCAGCAUCCCCACCCACAUAAAAGUGAAAAGUGAGGAGAAGGUCAAGGUGGUGGAGAAGUCUGAGAAGGAAACUGUAAUUGUGGAGGAGCAGACGGAGGAAAUCCAGGUAACAGAAGAGGUGACGGAGGAAGAGGAGGCUGAGAAGAAAGAGGAGGCUGAGGGGGAGGAGGAAGCACCUGAGGCAAAAGAGGAAGAAAAGGGAGAAUCUGAAGCAGAAGCAGAGGGUGAGGAAGAGGAGACCAAAUCCCCAGAAAAGGAGGAGGCCAAGUCCCCAGCUGUCAAAUCCCCUGAGAAACCUGCGUCCCCCACAAAGGAGGAGGCCAAAUCCCCUGAGAAACCCGCACCCCCCACAAAGGAAGAGGCCAAGUCCCCAGUGGUCAAGUCCCCUGAGAAACCCGUACCCCCCACAAAGGAAGAGGCCAAGUCCCCGGCGGUCAAGUCCCCAUCCCCUACAAAGGAAGAGGCCAAGUCCCCGGCAGUCAAGUCCCCUGAGAAACCUGCAUCCCCUACAAAGGAGGAGGCCAAGUCCCCUGAAAAGGUCAAGUCCCCCACAAAGGAAGAGGCCAAGUCUCCAGCGGUCAAGUCCCCUGAGAAACCUGCAUCCCCCACAAAGGAGGAGGUCAAGUCCCCCACAAAGGAAGAGGCCAAGUCUCCAGCAGUCAAGUCCCCUGAGAAACCUGUAUCCCCUGCAAAGGAAGAGGCCAAGUCUCCAGAGAAGGCCAAGUCCCCUGUGAAGGAGGAGGUCAAGUCACCAGAGAAAGAAGCUGUCCCCAAGAAGGAACCCAUCAAAUCACCCCAGAAGGAAACAAAGGCACCUGUGAAAGAAGAGAAACCAGUGGAGAAAGAGGAGAAAGCCCCAGCUAAGCCAAAAGCUGAGGAAAAGGAAGAAAGCAAGAAAGAGGAGGCACCCAAAAAGGAAACCCCAGCCAAAGAGCCACACAAACCUGAGGCUAAGGUUGAGAAGAAGGAGGAGGAGAAACCCAAAGAGGAGGACAAGAAGAAAGCUGCUGCUCCUGAGCCUUCCGCCCCUGAGAAGAAAAAGGAAGCUGUGAAGGCUGAGGAGAAAGAGGUAAAGGAGAAGGAACCUCCCAAACCAGCACCGAAACCCAAAGAGAAGGUGGAAGAGAAAGCCGCUAAGCAGGAGCCUGAGCCCAAACCACAGGAAGCUAAGGCCAAGGAGCCCAGCAAACCAGCAGCAAAGGAGGCCGAAAAGCCAAAGGCUGAGGAGAAGAAGGAAGAACCAAAGAAGGAAAAGUCUGAGCCCAAAAAGGACCUGGAGGAAAAAACCAAAGCUGAAGCUAAACCCAAAGAAGAGGCAAAGGCUGCCAAGGCAGAACCUAGCAAAGACACCAAGGACACCCCCAAAGUAGAAGCACCCAAAGAAGUACCAGAGGCUACCAAACCCAAGGCAGAGAAAGCAGAAAAGUCUUCAAGCACAGAGGCAAAAGAAAGCAAACCCGCAGAGAAAGCUGCUGCUCCUGAUGACAAAGCCAAGAAGAGUGAGAAGUGAACAAUGGAGCUUUGGACAUGUAAGGAGGUGGGCCACCAAAGAGAGCUUUGAAGCUUUCCCUGAUCUGUGACUGAACAUGUUUUUUUUUCCAAAAGAUGAGACUUUGCUUAGGUGAUGGAUGACCUCCUUUGUCUGAGCUGGAACUUACAUUAGCAAUAUGUUUAUGUGAAAGACAAAAACAAAUACCUGAGCCUACUCAACUGGUGGUUCAAAUAUGUUAUGAUAGCUUCAGUAGCAGAAUGUGAUAUAUGCAGAAUGCCACAUUUAAACACUUGAAUUAUUAAGAAAAACUGCCCCUUUUCAAAUAAGUGCAUUUAUCUAAUGUAUGUGCAAUUGAUGGACAAAUGCAAUAAAGAAUGUACACAGUUAGAGCUCUAUUAUGCUUUGGAGAUGUACAGUAGAUAGGAAACUCAAGAGUUGUAAAUGCCUUUUCAUUUUACAAAUGGAACAACAUUUCUCACUUGUAGCCUACACAGACUGUAGCUGACAUGAAUGGAAUCAGGUUAGACACUGCAGAACUCCACACAGAUAAGAAGUGCACUAGACAAACUCAAGUCCACUUUCAAUUGCUUAUGUGCAAUAAAACAAAUAAAGUGCUUACAGACAAAACCA